AUGUUGAAAGGUUCAUUUGAAAUUGACUUAUGUGAUGAAGCAUCAAUUUCAACCCUCUUGGAAAUAAUAUCGAGACAAGGAAUGGAAGAGAAGAUGCUGAGAUUAACCAUUCGAAUGUAUUUUCCGGGAUUAAACAUUUCUUGUUUUAUUUAUGAAGUUUGUUUGUCGACGAAACUCUCAUUGUGGUUUUCGCAUGACUUGAUGCGUAAUCGCUUUUAUUAUUCGGCAAUUAGAAAAGCUUUCUUGAAUGAUUUCACAAGUUAUUUCAAUGAGAUUCAAAAUGAAGUGUUGAGAUAUUUAUCAGGAGCUUUAAUUGUGCCUUGA